AUGGCGAACCAAGAAACUUUUUCAAGUCAACAGAGAAUUAGGUCUCAGCUUUUGGAGUCCCUGGAGAAGAAGAUCACUUCCAACGAAGACAAUUUUGAGGGUCUGAAGACCUACAAGCAGAACUGGUCCUCCUUUAUUUAUAGGAUUCCAGUUGAGACUCGUAAAGUAGAUGAACGUGCCUAUACACCGAGCGUCGUGUCCAUUGGGCCUCUUCACAGAGGGAGCGAACAUCUGAAAGCAAUGGAGGAGGACAAAUUGAGCUACAUGCAGUACCUUUUUCUCCAUUUCACUGAUGCUGCGGAAAGGCUAGAACGUUGUGUGGACGCUAUGUUUGAUAACGAAUCUUAUGCUCGUACGUGGUAUGCAGAGUUGAAGAUUAGAGUUGAUAAUGCAGAAUCAGCAAGGGUCAAGUUCGCAGAAAUGAUGCUUAUUGAUGGCUGUUUCAUUCUUGAACUUCUAUUCAAGAAUUACAUACGAAGUACAAACCCCACCAUUAGGGACCCCAUUUUGGACAACUAUUCCAUGACGGCCGCGGUCCGACAUGACCUGAUGCGACUGGAGAAUCAGAUUCCCUUCUUUGUUCUUGAUACAUUGUUCAACCUCACAGUGGCAAGUCUACUAAAAGACUACGAAAUCUCUCUCAAGGGAUGUAUCUUCUUAUUCUUUGGGGGUAUGAUUGGCUUACAAAGAAUACCAAACCCGAAUCCCGUAAACCCCAUUCACAUACUCGAUCUUUUACACCGUUGCUACUGGCCUUCUGGUGAUCUUAAUUACCCAUCGGCCACAUCACAAUCCAAAUUCGAAUAUUCUGCAACACAACUUGACUUGGCAGGAGUCAAGUUUAAGGCAGCUGUUUCUGAAAUCAACAACCUUUUCAAGGUAAACUUUCGUAUUGAUCAUUCUUGUUUUCAUGUGUUUACAAGUGGUUGCUUUGAAAUUCCACCUUUCUCCAUUACUUCCUCAACCGAACCAUUUUUGAGAAAUCUCAUUGCUAUGGAGGAAUUUUACUUUGACGGAAGGUUUCGUUAUUUCACAUCUCAUGCUUUCCUUAUGGAUAAACUCAUCAACACCGCGAAGGAUGUUGAUCUGCUUGUACAAGCAGGAGUGAUACGCAACUAUUUGGGUUCGAGUGAAGAGGUGGCGCAUCUCUACAACAAUAUAUGCAAUAAUGUUUAUGUAGGUGGUUUCCACUUUAAUGAGCCAUGCAAUCAGGUGACUGAUUACUGCAACCUUUUCUGGCCAAGGUGUGUAGCAAGACUUAAUCGUGACUAUUUUGGUAAUCCAUGGACAGGCUUAUCAGUCUUUGCUGCCAUUUUCAUUUUUGUCCUCAGCUCGCUGCAGACAAUCUAUGCCAUCCUUGCUUAUUAUGGUAAGAACUAA